AUCGUGUUCAAGUGGGUUGCCGGGAACUGAGAUCCACCAAGUACAUUUCAGAUGGUCAAUGCACCAGCAUCAAUCCCCUGAAGGAGCUGGUGUGUGCUGGUGAAUGCCUCCCUUUGCCACUGCUCCCCAACUGGAUUGGAGGAGGUUACGGAACCAAGUACUGGAGCAGGCGGAGCUCGCAAGAGUGGAGAUGUGUCAACGACAAAACUCGCACUCAGAGGAUCCAACUUCAGUGCCAGGAUGGAAGUAUAAGAACCUACAAAAUUACUGUGGUCACAGCCUGCAAGUGCAAGCGAUACACCAGGCAGCACAAUGAGUCCAGCCACAACUUCGAGGGAACCUCUCAAGCAAAACCAAUCCAGCACCACAAAGAGAGGAAAAGAGCCAGUAAAUCCAGCAAACAUAGCACAAGUUAGAAGUCAGACAUUCUCUCCUCUCUCAUCUCCCUCUCCUCGUGCCAAAAUUGAACUCACCUGUAAUCAUUUGCUUUACCAUUCUGACUGCUUAAAGACAAGUCUGCCAUUGCUGUGUUCUCAGCUGACACUACAUGCUUAUUGCUUUGACCAAAAUCAGAAGGGGCAUUCUCAGCAUAUGGACCCUUUGGGUGAUUUUCCAAAUACUCAAGAUGGGGAAUAACACAAGCCUUCCAGACCCACAUCAUAAACUUUUACAUUUUCUCCAGCCAAGGAGGCAAAGAAAAUUUGCCAUGAAUAUUCACUGAAGUCUGUUUUGUAAAAAGAUGCUUUGUUGUGUGUUUUCCUGAGAACAGUUAUCACAUGUAUUGCCUUCUAUAUCAUGUUUUAGGAACUUCUGACAAUGGCUUAAAAAUACAACACCUAGUAUCUGCUUUCAGAUUAAUUCUAAAAAAAUGCCUUGCAUGCUCACCUUUCUCUUGUCUCAGUAUACCAAAAAUUAAAAUAUGCAUGGCAGCAAUCAAAAAGUAAAGCUGAACAAAUUAUUUAUUUGUUGUUGUAAUUAUUUAAUGAGCUUUUAUGUGUGUUAUUUCCCUUCAAAGUUUCCUUAUGUUUAUAGCUUUUCAUAUGUAUCAAAGUAUUUUCCUAUGAUUUGUGGCUGGAUUAGAACAUACAUUUUGUAGAUAAUGUAAAAUAGACAUUUAGACAUUUUCUUGGUAUAUAAAUUUUAAUUUUGAACAUCCAUAGACUUAGGUGUUAUUUUGAAGUAGCGACAUAAAAAUUGUAUUUUUCAUUCUUCACUCUGUAUUAUUUUUGUUUAAAAAGUGUGCAAUCAAAAGACAAAUAUGAUGACUUCCUUUCAAAUUCAUUGGUUUCCUUUUUUUUUUACAAAAAUAAACACUGCUAAAAAA